AGUUCGUUUCUCUUCUCUGUGCCCUUCGCUCCCGAAGACCCAUCAUCCCCCGCUUAUCCCGAAACUCGCGGCUUUUUAGAGAGAGAAAAUCUGUGGCAAAAAGCUUCUGCUAGAGAGAGAAAAAAAUGGUGGAUGAUGAUGCCCCUUGAAUCGGAGGGGAAAAAAUUGGGUUUUUCUUGAAUUUUGGAGGGGUUUGAGGUUUUUACUUUUGUGGGGUCUCUUUGUAUUUAACGAAUUCUGAUAAUUUUUUUGAGAGGGUUUGAAGUGUGAGUGAUCUGAAUUGGGGAUUUGGUUGUUGGCACAUGCACCCCAUUGAAAUUGUCAGAUAGUUUGCAUGCAGUCUGGUGGCGGCGGUGGCGGUGGGCCAGGCCGGAACCCCGGAGUGGGGCCGGCUGGGCGGGCGGCGGCUUCGACGUCAUCGGCGGCUGCGUCACCAUCUUCUUCGUCUUCGGCAUCGCAGUUGGGGUUGGACUCAUUGCAGCAGCAGCAGCAGCAGCAGCAUCAGAUAGGUUCUAGGCAGUCAUUUCAACAGCAACUACUUAGAAAACCUGAAGGGAAUGAAGCUUUUUUAGCUUAUCAAGCAGGACUUCAAGGGGUAUUUGGGAGUAACAAUUUUUCAUCUCCUGGUGCCAUGCAACUGCCCCAGCAGUCUCGAAAAUUCAUUGAUAUAGCUCAUCAUGGUUCCAACCAGGAUGCUCAGUUAAGGGGUCAAGGUAUUGAGCAGCAAAUGCUAAAUCCUGUCCAUCAAGCAUACCUUCAAUAUGCUCUACAGGCUGCACAACAAAAGUCUGCUUUGGGAAUUCAGUCACAGCAGCAAACUAAAAUGGGAAUGUUAAACCCUUCUUCUCUGAAGGAUCAGGAAGUGCGUAUGGGAAAUUUGAAGAUACCGGACAUUAUGUCUAUGCAGGGGGUGAAUCAAGCUCAAGGAUCAUCCUCUAGGAAUUCAUCUGAACAUGUUGCUCGUGGGGAAAAGCAGUUGGAGCAAGGACAGCAGAUAGCACCCGAUCAGAAGAGUGAAGGAAAGCCUUCAACCCAGGGACCAGCCAUCACACACUUUAUUCCUGGAAAUAUGGUAAGACCCAUGCAAGCACCAGAAACUCAGCAGGGCAUCCAAAAUGUUGUGAAUGCGCAGAUUGCAGUAUCUGCUCAAUUGCAGGCUAUGCAGGCAUGGGCACGUGAACGUAAUAUUGAUUUAUCACAUCCUGCAAAUGCACACUUAAUGGCUCAGCUCAUUCCACUGAUGCCGUCAAGGACGGUCUCACAACCAAAGGUCAAUGAAAGCAACAUUGGUGCUCAGUUAUCUCCUGUCCCUGUUUCAAAGCAGCAGGUAACUUCUCCAGCUGUUGCAAGUGAGAGCUCAGCACAUGCUAAUUCACCAAGUGAUGCAUCUGGGCAGUCAGGUUCUUCAAAAGCCAGGCAGACAGUUCCACACAGUCAUCUUGGUUCAACAAUAAAUGCUGGUAUAGCUGGUAACUCCAGGGACAUGGCAAUGCAGCAAUUCAGUGUUCAUGGCAGAGAGUCUCAAGCUCCUAUGAGGCAACCAGUAUUAGUUGGAACUGGAAUGCCCUCUAUGCAUUCUCAGCAGUCUUCUGCCAACAUGAACUUAGGUGCAGACAAUCCUUUGAAUGCAAAAACUUCAUCAUCUGGUCCGGAGCCUCCUCAAAUGCCGUACAUCAGGCAGUUAAACCAAUCUGCUCCUCAGUCUGGAGGUCCAACAAACGAAGGGGGUUCAGGAAAUUAUGCUAAAUCUCCAGGGACACCAGCUCAAAUACCUCAGCAACGAAAUGGAUUUACCAAACAACAGCUACAUGUUCUUAAAGCGCAGAUACUAGCAUUUAGGCGGCUGAAGAAAGGAGAAGGUACUCUGCCUCAAGAACUUCUUCGGGCUAUUGUUCCAGCACCUCUUGAGAUGCAGGCGCAACACCCAAAUCAUCUUCCAGGAGGACAAAAUCAAGACAAAUCUGCUGGAAAUAUUGUGGCAGAACAACCAAGGCACAUUGAGUCCAAUGCAAAGGAGUCACAAUCUAUCCCUGCUAUUAAUGGACAGAGUUCUUUAAAGCAGGAAUCCUUUGCCCGAGAUGAGAAAUCUACCACACCACCAGUUCAUAUUCAAGCUAUUAUGCCACCUAUGUCAAAAGAAUCUGCUCCAACGUUAUCUGCUGGAAAGGAAGAGCAUAAAUCAAUGGGAUGCUCUGUUAAGUCAAACCAGGACAGUGAACGUGGGAACAGCAGUACUCCAGUUAGAAACGAGUUAGCAUUAGAUAGAGGAAAGGGUAUUGCAUCACAGGCUUCUGUAUCUGACACAAUGCACAUUAAGAAACCUGCACAAGCAAGUACUGUUUCCCAGCCAAAGGAUGUAGAAUCCACCAGAAAAUAUCAUGGACCCUUAUUUGAUUUUCCUUUCUUCACUAGGAAACAUGACUCCUUUGGGUCAUCAAUGAUUUUAAACAACAACAAUAAUUUGUCACUGGCAUAUGAUGUCAAAGAUCUUCUUUUUGAGGAAGGAAUGGAAGUACUUAAUAAGAAACGGACAGAAAAUUUAAAGAAGAUUGAAGGUUUAUUGGCAGUAAACUUAGAGAGGAAAAGAAUUAGGCCAGAUCUUGUGUUGAGGCUGCAAAUUGAAGAGAAAAAACUUCGCCUUUUAGAUCUUCAGGCACGUUUAAGGGAUGAGAUUGAUCAACAGCAACAAGAGAUAAUGGCAAUGCCAGAUAGGCCAUAUCGUAAGUUUGUUAGGCUGUGUGAGCGUCAACGUAUGGAACUUGCUAGACAAGUACAGGCAUCACAGAGAGCUGUAAGGGAGAAGCAACUCAAAUCAGUAUUUCAGUGGCGUAAAAAGCUUCUUGAGGCACACUGGGCUAUUCGUGAUGCGCGUACUGCCCGCAACAGGGGGGUGGCCAAAUAUCAUGAGAGGAUGUUGCGGGAGUUCUCAAAACAUAAAGAUGAUGAUAGAAACAAACGAUUGGAAGCCUUGAAAAACAAUGAUGUCGACAGAUAUAGGGAGAUGUUGCUGGAGCAGCAGACUAGCAUCCCGGGUGAAGCUGCAGAGAGAUAUGCUGUUCUGUCAACUUUCCUAACCCAGACUGAAGAGUAUCUACAUAAAUUAGGAAGUAAGAUAACGGCUGCCAAAAAUCAACAGGAGGUGGAGGAGGCAGCAAAAGCUGCUGCAGCUGCUGCACGAUUGCAGGGUCUUUCUGAAGAAGAAGUCAGAGCGGCUGCAGCUUGUGCUGGAGAGGAAGUGAUGAUUAGAAACCGUUUUCUAGAGAUGAAUGCCCCUAGAGACAAUUCAUCUGUCAACAAGUAUUACAACCUUGCUCAUGCUGUGAAUGAAGUGGUCAUAAGGCAACCAUCAAUGUUACGAGCUGGAACAUUGAGAGACUAUCAGCUUGUUGGUUUGCAAUGGAUGCUUUCUUUGUAUAACAACAAAUUAAAUGGAAUUUUGGCAGAUGAGAUGGGUCUUGGAAAAACUGUACAGGUUAUGGCAUUGAUUGCAUACUUGAUGGAAUUUAAAGGAAACUAUGGCCCACAUCUUAUAAUAGUCCCAAAUGCUGUUUUGGUUAACUGGAAGAGUGAGUUGUAUAAUUGGUUACCAUCCGUGUCAUGUAUUUUUUAUGUUGGAGGGAAGGAUCAUCGGUCAAAAUUAUUUUCUCAAGAGGUUUCUGCUUUGAAAUUUAAUGUCCUUGUGACUACUUAUGAGUUCAUCAUGUAUGAUCGGUCAAAGCUUUCAAAAAUUGAUUGGAAGUAUAUCAUAAUUGAUGAAGCACAGAGAAUGAAGGAUAGGGAUUCAGUUUUAGCACGGGAUCUUGAUAGAUAUCGUUGUCAAAGACGCUUGCUUUUGACAGGAACACCUUUACAGAAUGAUUUGAAGGAACUCUGGUCACUUUUAAAUUUACUUCUUCCUGAGGUUUUUGAUAAUAGGAAAGCCUUUCAUGAUUGGUUCUCAAAACCAUUUCAAAAGGAAGGUCCUACCCAAAAUGCAGAUGAUGAUUGGCUUGAGACAGAGAAGAAAGUUAUCAUUAUCCAUCGUCUUCAUCAGAUUCUUGAGCCUUUUAUGCUCAGGCGUCGUGUUGAAGAUGUUGAAGGCUCGCUUCCACCAAAGGUCUCCAUAGUUUUAAAAUGUAAAAUGUCAGCUGUCCAGGGUGCCAUUUAUGACUGGAUCAAAUCAACAGGCACCCUUCGUCUUGAUCCGGAGGAUGAGAAAUGCAGGGUUCAAAAGAAUCCAGUCUACCAGGUGAAGCAAUAUAAAACUUUAAACAACAGAUGCAUGGAGCUGCGUAAAACUUGCAAUCAUCCAUUGCUUAAUUACCCAUUCUUCAAUGAUUUAUCUAAAGACUUCCUUGUAAAAUCUUGUGGAAAAUUGUGGAUCCUGGAUAGGAUCCUCAUAAAACUUCAAAGAACCGGACAUCGAGUUCUACUGUUCAGUACCAUGACAAAGCUCCUAGACAUCUUGGAAGAAUACCUUCAGUGGCGAAGGCUUUUGUACAGAAGAAUUGAUGGGACAACUAGUUUGGAAGACCGUGAAUCAGCUAUAGUGGACUUCAAUAGCCCUGGUUCAGACUGUUUCAUCUUCUUGCUUAGUAUUCGAGCUGCUGGGCGAGGCCUUAACCUUCAGUCUGCUGACACAGUUGUCAUUUAUGAUCCUGAUCCAAACCCAAAAAAUGAGGAGCAAGCAGUGGCCAGAGCUCAUCGAAUUGGACAGAAAAGAGAAGUCAAAGUUAUCUACAUGGAAGCGGUUGUUGAUAAAAUCUCUAGUCAUCAAAAGGAGGAUGAAGUGAGAAGUGGAGGAUCUGUGGAUCUGGAGGAUGAACUUGCAGGUAAGGAUCGCUAUAUAGGAUCCAUUGAGAGCCUCAUAAGGAACAAUAUUCAACAAUAUAAGAUAGAGAUGGCGGAUGAGGUUAUUAAUGCUGGACGCUUUGAUCAAAGAACAACACAUGAAGAGAGGCGUUUGACCUUGGAGACAUUAUUACAUGAUGAAGAGAGGUAUCAAGAAACUGUCCAUGAUGUUCCUUCACUGCAGGAAGUAAAUCGUAUGAUUGCCAGGAGUGAAGAGGAAGUUGAACUGUUUGAUCAAAUGGAUGAUGAACUGGAUUGGAUUGAGGAGAUGACACGUUAUGACCAUGUGCCUAAGUGGCUUCGAGCCAAUUCAAAAGAAGUGAAUACUGCUAUUGCUGCAUUAUCAAAAAAACCGUCAAAGAACACUUUAUUGGGUGGUAGUAUUGGCAUGGAAUCAAGUGAAUUAGGUUCUGAAAGAAGAAGGGGACGACCCAAGGGGAAAAAACAUCCUAAUUAUAAGGAGUUGGAAGAUGAAAAUUUGGAAAACUCUGAAGCAAGCUCUGACGAAAGAAAUGGAUAUGCACAUGAAGAAGGGGAAAUAGGAGAAUUUGAAGAUGAUGGGUGUAGUGGGGCCGAAGGAGCUCAGCCCAUUGAUAAAGAUCAAUUGGAUGAUGGUCUGCUUUGUGAUGCUGGAUAUGAAUUUCCUCGAUCUAUAGAAAGUGCUAGAAAUAAUCAGAUGGUUGAAGAAGCUGGUUCCUCUGGGUCUUCCUUAGACAGUCAAAGGUUGACACAGACAGUAUCACCAUCAGUUUCCUCUCAGAAAUUCGGUUCCCUCUCUGCAUUAGAUGCCCGGCCAAGUUCCAUUUCAAAAAGGAUGACAGAUGAGUUAGAGGAAGGGGAAAUUGCUUUAUCUGGUGAUUCUCACAUGGAUCAUCAACAGUCUGGAAGUUGGAUUCAUGAUCGUGAUGAAGGUGAGGAUGAGCAAGUUUUGCAGAAACCAAAGAUUAAACGUAAACGUAGUCUUCGUGUUCGACCCCGUCAUGCCACUGAAAGGCCUGAAGAAAAGUCUGCCAGUGAAAUGACAUCUCAUUUGGCAGUCCAAGCAGACCAUAAACAUCAAGCGCCACUGAGGACUGACCUAGAAACAAAACCAUUUGGAGACUCCAACACCAGCAGGCAUGAUCAAAACACUUCAUCAUUAAAAAACAAGCGAACUUUGCCUUCAAGGAGAGUAGCUAAUACAUCCAAAUCACACAGCUCACCGAAGUCUAGUCAUUUGAAUUGCAUAUCUGCUCCUUCAGAGGAUGUUGGUGAACAUUCCAGAGAAAGCUGGGAGGGGAAGCCUAUCAAUUCAAGUGGCUCUUCAGCUCAUGGCACUAAGAUGACUGAAAUCAUCCAGGUAUGCUGCAAAAAUGUAAUUGGAAAACUCCAAAAGAGAAUAGACAAGGAAGGCCUUCAAAUUGUACCUUUGUUAAUGGAUUUGUGGAAGAGGAUUGAGAAUUCUGGGUACACUGGUGGAUCCGGGAACAGCCUGUUGGAUUUACGAAUGAUUGAUCAACGGAUUGAUAGAUUGGAGUAUAAUGGAGCAACAGAGCUUGUAUUUGAUGUGCAGUUCAUGUUAAAGAGUGCAAUGCAAUUUUAUGGUUUUUCUCAUGAGGUAAGAUCUGAAGCAAGGAAGGUUCAUGAUCUCUUUUUUGAUAUCUUGAAAAAAGCAUUUCCUGAUACGGACUUCCAAGAUGUAAGAAGAGCACUUUCUUUCUCUGGUCAAAGCAAGAGACACAAGCUGAUAAAUAAGGUGGAAACUGAUUCACACCCUUCACAGAGGCCACUGCAGCGUGGACCGGCUUCGAGUGGCGAAAACAACAGGAUGAAAGCCCAUGUGGCACAAAAGGAAUCAAGAACUGGAAGUGGUUGUGGCAGCACUAGGGAGCUGCUUCAUCAGGAUGAUUCUCCACUGCUCACACAUCCAGGUGAACUGGUUGUAUGCAAGAAGAGAAGAAAUGACAGGGAAAAAUCAUUGGUGAGGCCUAGGACUGGUCCUGUUUCACCUUCUAGCAUGGUUCCUGUUAUGAGAAGUCCAGGGCCAUGUUCAGUCCCAAAGGAUGCUAGAUUAACUCAACAGAGUCCACAUGGAUCUGGUGGCUCAGUUGGCUGGGCCAACCAUGUAAAGAGGCUAAGAACAGAUUCUGGGAAGAGAAGACCAAGCCAUAUAUAGGUUUCUCAAGGACAAAAGGUUGGUAUAUAAUAGACAUUGCUACUAGUUUCAGGAAGAGUUUUAGUGGCCCUUCAUAGAGUUUUAGUGCCCCCAUACUGUGUUAAUAUAGAAUUAGGCCCUAAGUUGUAUUUUACGGCUACCUAAAUGGGUUAGAUGUAAGUUGUUACUCCAAUUUUUUUUGGUUUGGGUAUCUGCAUCUUGCAGAUAUUGCUUUUCUUUAGAUAGCUGAAACUCCUGUAUAGUAACCUCCUUGGUUCAUGUUAGGCCAUGAAGAUUUCUUCAUCUCUACAAGAUUUCUUUAGAUACCUAUAUUGUUUCCCUCGGUGGCAGUUCUCUCUCCGGAAAUGUGUCACAUACAAAAGCUACGAGCCUCAUUG